AUGUCAAACUGUACUUGUUCGAGUCUUAUGGAAGCCAAAGCAAUCCUUCUAAAAACAGGUAAUGCAAUACUGUCUCAUCGUCAAGUUGGUAAGGUUGAAGCAUCAUGGACAGUACUAGGCAUUCCUUUAUAUCAUUCAUCAAUAAGAUGCAAAAGUUUAUAUAUUUCUUUACCAUGGGAAGAAGAAAGAAUACUCAAACGUGGACGAACUCAGGUAAGUAGCACAGAUGACUUUGUUGAAUCACUUACGCAUCGAUAUGUGAAACGACCAUUUACUCCUUCUGUAAUUAAUCACAUGACUCUGUUUGAAUUCUUAACUUGGUUUGAUUUUGAUCGAUCUUCUUCAAUGCAAUUACAAGAUACAUUGAAAGAACCACUCGUUGAAAAUCCUCUUUGGCGUACUGACUUUAAUCAACCACCAUUACUGAAAACUUCAAAUUAUCUUCCUCGGAUCGUUUUGUCAUGUAGUUCAGUAUUGAUUCAACAUAAAGAACCAGCAUGUAUUAGUUUUACUUGUCGUUAUGAUGAUUCAAUGUUGGCUAUGUACUCAAUGCUUUCUAUUGGAAUUCCAUAUCGAGACCCAAUUGAGGAAUUCCUGGGUGAAAAUGAUUUGAACGCUAUCCAUCAAUUAUUGCUGAAAAGUAAACCCGAGAUAUUACAAAGAUUUUCUACAUUACCUGGAGCCUACAAAAUACAAAUGAUCAAUGCAAUUGAACAUUUAUGUGACCUAAAUGCUCAUGAUUUUGUUAUCAAACCACGAACGUCAUUUAUAUUUACAACCGAAGAUGAAGAAGACGUAGAUGAUGAAACAAGCAACAAUAUACAACAAAUGAAUGAUAGUAACAUUACCAAGAGUAAUAAAGAUUCCUGUAAGCGUGCUUUCUCUGAAAGUAUUGAUGAAGAUGAUCAAGAACACGUGAAUCCCAAUGAAGACAUGACAAUCAAUUGCCCUUCUAGUCGUACUGAAGAGUUGCUAUUAUCAGCCAAUACACAACAGCUUUUUUUGGCAAAUUUUUUUAGACAAUAUCUUGCAGCAUUGAUGCGAUACGAAGAAAGCCGAUAUCGUUCUCAAAAAAUCUCAAAACCAUUACCUUUUCAUAUAGUUGUGAAUGGUUUAGCUGGCUCUGGAAAAUCCUAUGUUAUCUCUAUUAUUGAACAGAUGUUAAUUGAUUUUUGUAUUAGUGAAUCAGCUACUCGAAAUCGUCCACGUAGACAAAAAGGAUUACUUAAGAUGGCUCAUACUGGCAAAGCUGCUUUAAAUAUUCAUGGUUGGACUAUCCAUACUGCUCUAGGCAUGCGUCCUGACAAUACAUCUACACCGAAUAAUGCCCCAUCCUUUAAAAUACAUUCGAUUCGACAACGACUUGGUGAUUUGAUAUUAAUAAUUAUCGAUGAAAUUUCACUUGUCUCCUACAAUCUUUUUCAAAAAGUGAACAAGCGAUUAAACGAAGUAUUUGAAGUAGCUGACAAAAGUGACGUCUAUUUUGGAAACAUUCCAGUUUUAUUAUUUGGGGACUUAGCUCAAUGUGAACCAGUUGCUGCCAAACAAAUUUUUUGGCGACCUUCUGGUGAAACUUUCUCACUUUGGUCCGAUUUAUUCAGACCAAUCAACUUUAAUAUCAACAUGCGACAAGGUGACGAUAGACAGUUCUUCGAUAUUCUGUGUCGAAUGAGAUUAGGUGAAUACAAUGAAGACGAUGAAACGAUGAUAAAAUGUAGAAGUAUUCGAAAAGAAGAUAACCCAUUCCACUAUAAAGAACGAUUAACAGAAUUACAGUCAACAGCAUUUGAAAAUGCCAUAUAUGCAUUCAGUAAAGUUGGCAUGGCUCGAUCAUUAUUUUUUAGUCCAGUACAGGCAAGUAAAAAAGCAUGCAAAAUUGAUUUAAAACCUUCUAAGGACGAAAAUGAGUGUGCAUCUAUGUUUGAACAAUUACCAAUAUGUAUUGGCGCACGUGUAAUAUGUCGACGUAAUAUUGAUUUUGAUGGAGAAAUGGUGAACGGAACCGAAGCAAUCAUAAAAGAUAUAGUAUGGGAUAAAGAUGAUGAUAUUAUCUUACCAAUGUCAAAUCGAUGUGUUUUUCCAAAUUUAAACCGAGCAUUAAGUGCGAAACUACCAAAAUAUAUUGAACUCGAAUUAGAUAAUGGUUCUAUGUAUAAAAUGACUCCAGAAGAAGUUAGUUUCAAAGAUCAGAAUGGUGUAUCGAUGACAAGAAAACAAUAUCCACUCAGUUUAGGCUAUGCAAUAACAGUACACCGAUCGCAGUGUAUGACUUAUAAUAAACUAGUCGUCGAUUUAACUGGUGUAAAUUGGAAGCCUGAGUGGUGUCUACCGAAUUCAUCUGAUUCUGAACAAAUAUCAGCAAUAAUAUCAAAUACAAAUAAAGAAUUGAUAUCAAAUACAAGUAGUAAAUCAAUAUCGAAUCGCAUCAAUACAAAACAAAUACAAUUACAAUACAUGUUACCAGUCACAACUAAUUCAAUAACAAAGCCCGAAGAUGUUAUCAUUUGUGAGAAACAGGAAGAACACUUUUGCGGACGACAUGCUCUACGUGCACUCUCACAAAGGCUUGAUUUAUUUAGUGAUGAAUAUUUAUUUGAUAUCGCUGAAAAUAUAGCAGCUACAGAGCAAAUAUGUCGAAGCGGACAACCAGUACAAGUUACCGAUUACUACUACAAAUAUACGGGAGACUAUGAUAUUCAAGUACUGCAGCUUGCUCUUCAGAAUACAUUGAACGUCCACCUUGUACGAAUCGAUAAGUUAGACAUUACUGGGUGUCCUAUUCGAAAUCUUAUUUUAUCAAAUAUUGAACAUAUCCAAGCAUUUCUAAUUCAACAAGAUUAUCACUAUUAUUGUCUUCGAAGUUUUCGAUCGACUAAAGAUUAUUUCUUUAAAAUUGAUUCUAAGUAUUCAAUGUACCAUGAGCCUAUUCCUCGUGGACGUUUAUUCGAAUAUCUUGCAGAACUUCUCAAUUCAAACUCCACUAUCUUUGUCAUCAUGGAACAUACAGUACAAAAUUUAAAUGAACAAAUUACUAUCGAUACUAUUGAAAAAGCAUUAUGGCCUUUACCAGAUGCUCCUGCUGAUUUUGAACUUUUACUCGGACGUAAUCAAUUAGAAAUAUGA